GCUUUAGAACACAGAGUUAAUGUCUAGAGACACAUGUUUUAAUAAAUAAAUUAGCCUUUUCUUUAGCCAUGAUGGCUAACAGCAAGCUCUGUCUGUUACUGCUGCUGACCACAUACACACUGGCUCGUGAAAGUGACAAUGACCAAACGUCAACAUGUCUCUUGGCGUCCAGAUUCAAGACGUAUAAGAGAUAUAUCUACCAGUACAGCAGCGAGAGCAGGAACGGAGCGGGAGCUGCCAGAUUCACCGUCUCCUGUCAGGUAGAGAUCGAAGUCCCCCAGCCAUGCAGGUUCAUCAUGCAGACCAGGAACUGUGCUCUGAGUGAUGUCAUCAUGGACGCCCAGGGCGAGCUGGUCUCCAGGCCGGCCCCCCGCUCUGAGGACUUCCAGGCUGCUAUGGAACAGAACCCUCUGAAGUUCUCUGUGGAGGACGUGACCAGGGUCCAGCUGUACCCAGAGCCAGACGAGCCGGUCAACAUCCUGAACAUGAAGAGAGGAAUCAUCUCAGCUCUCAUGGUGCCGAUCAGAGAGGACGAAGAGAAAAGCCUCAUGAGCUCGGUGCACGGUGUGUGUCUGACAGACUCGGUGGUGAAUGUGAGGAGAGAUAUAGCUACUGAUGUGACUCUGAGCAGAGAUCUGUCCCAGUGUGACCAGUUCUACAGCAGACAGGGAGCCAGCAGCCCUCUGGCCCUGCUGCAGAGACUGCACCAGCCCAUGUCUAAACUGGUUUCCAGCACUCAGCACUGUAACUACCAGUUUGAUAACAAAGGGAAACACAUCACAGCCGCCACGUGCUCAGAGAACCACGCCUACCGGCCGUUCUCACACCAGGACGAUGGGAUAACAUUGGAAGUGACCCAACAUCUCCGCUUAAUCAGCUCCAAAAGGAUCAACAACAGAGAAUUUGAUGUGAACCCCAGACAGAGCAAGCCGCUCCACUUUGAAGCCCCUGAUGAUAAAGCUGAGAUGAAGGACUCUGUUCUGAGGACCCUCCAGGACCUCCUGGCCUUAUCCAGCACAGACCAGGGCCAGCAGAGGACCAGCCUCUUCCAUCAGCUGGUCUCCAGCCUGCGGGUCCUGAGGAACCAGACCCUGAGCCAGCUGGUCCCGGAGAUGUUGGAGAUGUCGGGCUGGCUCACCUGGCAGGCCCUGUUCCAGUGUGGGACCCCAGAGUGCACCAGCUCCAUCCUGCAGGUUAUCAGGACCAUGGAUGGCGUGUCCCUGGAGGUGGACGCUCUGGUCUACGGGCUGAGCCUGCAGGCCGACCCCGACGCCACCCGGGUCAGAGACCUGCUCAGCAUGGCUCAGUACAGACAGAGCAGGGCCAUCCUGUACGCUCUAGCCAACACGGUCAAGAAGUUUCAUAAAUCAGAGGUCACUCCAGUUGUCACAGAUGUGUCAAACUUCAUGGAAACACUGUUAAACGGCUGCUCGGGAGAAAUCCCUGAUACUGACCCAGAGUUCCCCACUAAGCCUGAAGAGAUGGCCUUCCUUGUGCUGAAGGUUGUUGGGGUCAUGGGUCGAGCCAUGCAAGCUGUCAGCCCCCGUCUGCUGUCCUCCGUUUUACAGUGCGCUAAGAAGACAGACAUCCCAUUAUUAAACCAGAAGGCAGCUAUACAGGCCUUCAGGCUGAUGGAUAUAAACGAUGAGGUCAGAAACGUUUUGAUGGAGUUGUACCAGGAUGCUCAGAGCCCUGUUGAGAAACGUCUAGCAGCCUACCUGAUCCUGAUGAAAAACCCGGAUCAAGCCCUGGUUAGAGACAUUCUGAACAGUUUGGAGAAUGAGAGGGAUGAGCAGCUCAAGAGCUUUGUGGUCUCACACCUGAAAAACAUCUGCAACUCUGGGGAGCCACAGAUGCAUCAGUUAAGGCAAUACAUUGAGCUGGCCUUGAAAGAUGAGCCAUCACCCACGAGCAAGGUAUUUAAUGGCAUGUCAAGCAACUACAGGAUAGAUUCUCCCGUGGGUAAAGUGCAAAGCUCCAUAAUCUUCGAUGCUACCGACACAUUACCCAAGGAGAUGAUGCUGGAGACCACUCUAAAGGUGUUUGACUACAACUAUGACAUCUUUGAGGUGGGUGUUGAGGGAACGGGAUUUGAACCAACAAUUGAUGCUCUCUUUGGAGACGGGGGUUUCUUCCCCGACUCCAUCUCCAAAGUGAUGUACUGGACAGCUGACAAAGCCAGCAUGCUGAGAGGGGUUUUGGAGAAACUUGUCCCUGAAAGAGACCGAAUGAAGAGACAGGUUCCACAGGAUCUUCUGAAAGAUAUCACAGAAAGUGUACGGAAGCUCAUGGAUGAUGUGCGUUUCUCUCCAGGCCCUGAAGCCUUCGCCUAUCUUCGGCUUCUGGGAGAUGAGAUAGGAUAUUUGAAGAGCGGUGACCUGACAAAGAUGACUGAGACUCUGUUCAUGUACUACCAUGUUUUCCUCAGGGUGCUGCCUCUCAAGGCUUUUUCUGCAUUGACAUCUAGCACUGAAAAUGAAGUAUUUGCCCACUAUAUCUUCAUGGAUAAUGCCUUCUCUUUACCCACUGCUGCUGGCAUCCCUCUGAGGUUUUCCCUGGCUGGUGUGUUUGCACCUGGAGCCAAAGGAGGCCUGACUAAAUCACCUACUAACGCUGACUUGUCCUUCAAACCUUCAGUUGGGGUAGAAUUCAUCACCCAGAUAGGUGUGCACAUCCCAGAGUAUGUGGAGUCUGGGCUCGAGAUGCACACUAAUAUGUUCCAUGAGAGCUCCCUCAAUGCUAAGGUCACCAUGAGCAGAAACCAGCUGAGACUGUCCAUCCCAGCUCCUAAUUCAAACACUCAGUUAUUCAGCAUUAGCAACAACCUACUCUCAGUGUCCUCUGGUCGAAAAAUAACCGUGCCAUCCCUGGUGGAGUACUUGACCAACACAACUGACUGCCAGCCCCUUUUCAGUGGUCUCAACUAUUGCACCACAUCACGUUACGCCGAUGUUGAUUUAAUAGACCAGGCCCCAUAUUACUCCCUGAUUGGCGAUAGCAGGUUUGCAGUCGAAAUCCAGCCAACAGGGGAAGUUUCAGAGUACACUGCCACCAUCACUGGUGGAACACUAAGUGAAGGCAAAAGGGGUCAUCAUAGAGUAGACUAUGUGAAGCUAACCUUAAAGGCUGAAGGAGACGAUUCAUCAGAGGCCACUGCAUCUCUGAAAUACAACCGCAACAAGAACACUCUCACCAGUGAGCUCGUCAUUCCUGAUCACAAUGUGGAAGCAGGCAUCAAGCUGGCUGUAACUGACAGUGAUGCCAAAGGAAAGAAAAUGAAAGGUAUCACCAUUGAUGUCACCAACAGGAACAUCCCACAACUGACUCUUGUUGGAAGAACAAGACUUGACAUGAUGAAAGAGGCCAUGUUGCAACUCAAGAUGGUCAUUCCCUCUCUGAGAACGGAUGCCUCAGUCACUGCAACCCUAAGGAGGGAUAAAGAUAUGCUGAUGGACUUUGAAACCGUCGUCAACCUCCCUGAGACAUCCUACCAACACAAAGCUUCACUCAAAUAUGACGAUGAUAAGUUUGAGGUGGAAGUGAAAUCGGACCUGGAAUCAGAAAUUCAAAAACUGAUCCCCAAUGUAAAAUAUAAUCACAGACAGCUGCAAUGGCUCGUAGAUCACAUCCUGGACCAGAAAGUGGCAAAGACUGACAUGAAACUGCGUCACAUAGUCACCAAAGGAAUUGAGGCAGGUGAUAUAUGGUUAGACAAACUGAAAGCACGGAUCCCCUGUUUUGCCAAUCUGCACAGUAAAAACCUUAAAGACCUCAACCUGCCAACUCUGCCUGAGAAACUGUUUCUGCAGUUUGACAACUUGCUCCAAUACCAGUUCAACAAGGACAGGAUGGCCAUCUCCCUUUCUCUUCCACAUGGAGGAAGAAAGUCAGAAGAACUGAACAUCCCUACCACUCUAUCCUUUCCCCUUAUAGAUUUACCAAACAUAGGCCUACAUAUCCCUGCCAAAAACUAUCCACUGCCAUCAUUUACUAUACCACGCACUUUGGAUUUCACUGUCCCCCUUCUUGGUCUGGUUGAAGCAUCCAUGAAGGUCAACAGCAACUUCUACAACUGGGAAGGCUCCAUCUCUGCAGGCAACGACACUGUCGAUGUCCCGUCCUACAUUGCUCAGUACAGAGCUGUAGCCCAAUCACCUUUCAACCUGCUGUCAUACAAGCUUGAAGGAACCGGGAUGAUGUCAGGAAGAGCUGAUGAUAAUUUUAAGUAUCAACUGAACAGUUCCUUCAGCCAUUGCCUCAUUGAAACAAGCUUCAGUGUCUUAGAGGCAUUAAUGGUAACCGACACAUUGAAUGCAAGAGCCAACUAUAAGAUUGAAGCAUCUAGUCCAGUAGGCCUGCAAGCCUCUAUCUACUACUCUGCGCAGUCAACUUCAACUCUAGCUUCAGACAAUGUCUCAGGAGAUGGUUACAUGUACGGAUCGCUUAAAAUAGGUACAUUUCACACCAAUACAUCCUACUCACACGACUACAAUCUGAGUCCACUAGAAGGAGAAGGAAGAGGAGAGGCCAGCCUGCAAUUCAACUCGCCAUUUAUCAACAUUCACAACAAAAUCCACGGGAUCUCUACAAACUCUGAGUUAACAAUUGUGUCUUCAACCACUGCCCAGAAUGAAGCCCUCAAGCAUGUAGCAGAGCUCAAGUAUAAAGAGUCACAACUGACCCUGAAGUCCAAUGCCAUUGCCACAGCCACAGGUAUAUUAUUCAAUAGCAAAGUUGAACUUGGUGUGUCUAGCCAUAUGGCCCUUCUAAGUAUUGAGACACAGGCAGAUGAUGACAUAUAUAAAGCAUACUCACUUAUAACAGCAUCCCUAGAUACAAAUGGCCUUGAGGUAAACUCUGAAGGUUACCUCAAACUUGACACAAGCCAAGGAUUGCACAAAGCUUCUGUUAUGGUUGGAAGAAAUGGUUUGACCACAAGUGGAACUAACAGCAUUCAGUGCAGUCCUGUCACAGUGGAAAAUGUCUUCAGUGGUGCCAUAGACAACAAUGGAGCAUCCCUGUCCUCACAGACCAAAGCAAUGGCUGAGGAGAGCAAAGGAGAGCUCAACAUUGAGGGUAAAAUUGCAGCUGCUGAAGCCUCUUUGACCAGUGUCCUCAAGGGCUAUGCCAAUGAUGCAACCACGAGAAACAACAUGAAUAUUGUACUCAAGCGAGGGACUCUGACCGUAACUAGCGAUGCCAUAGGAACAUUUAAGCAAAUGAAUACAGAAAAUAGCCAAACACUGACCCUCACUCUGUGGACCCUCGCCCUCCGCUCCAAGACCAACAACUUCAUCUGUGAAGAUAUUUAUUACAAACAAGACACCAAGGUUGAUAUUAAGCCAUUUGUUAUGUCAUUUGAUAUGACAAAUGACCUAAAGUUUUAUGAUGUCAGUUUGAACAAUGAAGGCCACAUGAAGCUUAAACCAUCUGAGAUGGAUGUGAAUGGAAGUAUGAAGGGAGCUUAUGGAGAAGAACACAACAUUAAACAAACCUAUGAACUCAACUAUGGCAGCAUGGCUGGUACAAUGAAAUCCAGCACAUCUGGAAAUGUAAUGGAUGCUCUGCUGAGUCACAACUGUGAACUUGAGUUUGCUGGACUUUCCUCCAAGUCAAAUUGUCAGGCAAAAAUUAAUUCUGAGCUUCUACGUUUGGAUAGCACUAUUCGCACAAUGGCACUGCCUUUCAGCCUCACUAUUGAUGCUUUUAUCAACACUGAUGGAGAACUUAAUGGACACACUGGACAAAUGUACAGCAAGUUGUUGGUUAAAGCUGAGCCCCUAGCUCUUGCAUACUCACAUGACAGCAGGUUAUCAACCACACAUGUGCUUUCAAGUGGGGAGUCAACUACAAAUCUAGAUAACAAAUUUGAUGGCCUUCUGACACCAAGUGAUCAAUCUCUGACCUGGAAAGUAAAAUCUAAACUAAAUAACCAUGCCUAUAACCAGGACAUCAGUACUUACAAUAAUCUAGUCCAGACUGGAUUCAACUUUUCAGGAGUAAUGUUCACAGACAUUUUCAGCAAAUUGAGCAAGGACAAGAAAUCCGAAAUGCAAGAAUAUAGUAUGGCUGGUUUCCUCAAAUAUGACAAGACCAGUGACUGUCAUAUCAUUGACAUCCCGUUCAUUGAGAACUUUCCUGUUGCUUUUGAGCAGCUCAAGAACACACUUGUUCAAGGAUUAGAAUCACUUCAACAGUUCAUCAACAAUUUAGACAUUGAACAGCUAAUCAAUGACUUAAGAGCAAAGCUAGAUCAGCUACCUAAGCAAGUGAGUGACUUUAUGCGAGGAAUGGAUUUGAAGAACAAAGUGAAUCAAGUAAAAGCAAAACUUGAUUAUUUUAUCAAUGAAUUUUCUGUAACAAUGGAAGACUUUGAGUUUGCAGUGAACACCUUGAGAAAGAAUCUGGAAAAAAAUGUUCAGGACAUUGCCACCAAAAUUAGAGACUUCAUCAUUUCAGUCAAUGACUAUGUCAAGGCCGGACAUCUUGCCGACAAGAUAGAAAAUGCACUUUCACAAAUUGGAAAUCAGCUUCAGGCCUUUGAUGACAGGUAUGAAAUAAAGAAAUCACUCAUCAAAGCAUUUAAUGCUGUUUUGGACAUUAUCAGACAGAUUGAUUUAGAGAAGCUCACAGAAGGCAGUGCUGUGUGGCUGCGAGAUCUUGAUUCUAAAUUUGAAAUUUUGGAUAAGAUUAAAAACAAACUUUCCGAAAUGAAACAGGCCAUUAAGAACUUUGACGUCAACAUGUUUAUGCAAGAUGUAAAGGAUUACAUUCUCUCAAUUGAUUUUGCCAUGUAUGCUAAGCAGCUAUCAUAUGAAAUCCCAUCUUCUGACAUGGCAAAAGUGCUUGAAUCUAUGAAUGAUGUUAUUGUCAACUGGAUAGAUGAAUAUGAAAUCCCUACUAAAAUCAAUUCAGUAUAUUCUUACAUUAGGGAUCUACUUUUAAAAUACAGUCUUGAUGAUAAAUUUAAGGAAUUAAUGGAUCAGGUAGUGAUUCUCAUCGAGCAAUUCAAAAUCAAAGAGACUGUACGGUCAAUGGUAGAUGCUCUGAAAGCUAUCAACUUUGAAUUUGCUUAUGACAAAAUGAUGCAGUUGCUUGACAGUGUGACAAUCCAGCUUAAAGCGGUUGACAUUAGGAAAAUGAUUGAUGAACUUAAUGAACACAUUUCUUCAAUGCUUGUGUCAAUAAAGGAAUUUGACUACAGUGCAUUUGUUGAUGAGACCAACAAGAAAAUUGCUGAGCUAACAAGCUAUAUCAACGAGCAGAUUAAAACACAUGAAAUUGUGCAAAAAAUUGAGGCGGUUAGGGAAUUUUUCAGAGAGAUCCAAAACUCAUUCUUCACAUAUCUUGAUGAACUCAAAAACACAAAGGUGGCUGAUGCUCUAAAGAAACUGAAAAAUGUGUUUGACACUACAUUUUACAAUGAUCUCAUGAUAAAAAUACAGGAUAUACUUGAAGACAUGCGACAAAGAAUCCUUGAUAUGGACAUCAGAAAUGAAAUGUACAUUUACCUCCAAAGAGCAAGUGAGUCAUACAGCAAUGUGGUUGCCUUCAUUUCUGGGCAGUUUCACCAACUGAUAGACAAGAUCAGAAAAGUUGCCAAUGACAAUGAGAUCCUCACCCAGUUGAAGCAAACUGUAGAUGGAGUUUUGGAUGAACUGAAAAGAGCUGAGAUUGAAACUUCCACUUUUACUCUACCUCUCACUGACCUUGUCAUUCCAGCAUUUACAAUCAACCUAAACAAACUACAGGAGAUCAGUAUACCAGCUCAAAUUUUUGUCCCUGAGUUCACCAUUCUCGGAUCCUACAAAAUUCCUGCCUUCACCAUAGACUUUGAUGAAAUCAAAGCAUAUAUAGUUUCAAUCAUAGACAAAAUGAAAGAAUUUGAGAUCCAAUUCCCUGACCCUAAGGAAAUCUUUGGUGACCUAAAAGUUAUCUACCUAUCUCAACUACCAGAUCUCACCUUCCAGGAAAUAACUCUUUCAGAAAUAAAAUUUCCAGACAUCAUUAUCCCCAAAUUAAAUCUCAAGGAUUUUGAAAUCACAAUGCUUCCAAUUCCUAUGAUCAAGUUGCCUGAGGUUCCAAGUGACAUUUGUAUCCCAACUUUUGGUAAAUUCCAUGGAGAAUUUAGAGUGAACUUCCCACAGUACACUCUUGAAACUACAGGGAAGAUCGAGAACUCAACAUCUACACCAAAAAGCCCACAGUUUACAGCCACUCUCACUUCUAAUGCUAAAUCGCCCAUCAAACUCCUCGAAUACACAUUUGAAGCCACUGCUCAGCUGGAAGCUCCCAAAAUGAGGAAGUUGCUAUUUACAGAAAAAGUCAUAGCUACGAAUGUGGGAUUCUCGAUUGAUCACAAAGGAUCUUUGACUCUCACUGGUUCUUCUGCGGAGGUUUCUUCAAAGACCACUGCCAAGGCAACAACACAAAUGUACACGGCAAACUUGGUCAACAAUAUGGCACUGAUAUUGAAGAAUGGAAUUUCUGCAGCUCUAGACACAACCUAUGACCACAACUUGGACAUUUUAUCAAUUGACACUUCAAGUCGGGCAACAAUUGAACAGAAUAUAGCAGCCACCAUGGAAUCAGGUGGAAUAACUUUAUCUGGCGAAACUACUGGUAAUGGAAAGUGGACCAUUCGAGACUACACUGAUGAAGGUACACACAAAAGCAAUGCAGAAUUCAAUAUCAAUUUAAGCACUGCCAAAUUAACCUUUGAAGGAGAAACAAACUGUAAGGCCAUGAAAAUGAAGCAAACACUGACUGCUGAAUCAGUAAUCUUAAGCCAUAUCACUGUUGAAGCACAAUGCGAAACUGAAGUUCCAUUUGUCAAGAAGAGUCUUAUGGCUUUAAAUGGAAACGCUAAUAUUGGGGAGUUGAGAGUUGUAGUAAUGGCCUCUCAUGACGCAGAAUUUACUGGAAGGCUGACUGGAUUUAUGGCCAACUCGCUGGAAUUCAUGGCCUUUCCAUUUGAGAUUAUGCUUGGUGUUAAGAAUCAAGUAAACUCAAAAAUGUUCUUCCCCUUGAGCCUUACUGGGAAGGUGGAUCUCCAGCAUGAUCAUUGUGUCAUACUAAACUCUGAGAAGCAGCGUGUUUGCGGGUUUACUUUGGCUAGAUUCAAUCAGUACAAGUACAAUCACAACUUUACAGCAGAAAACAACAAAAUGGCCAUCUUCCUUUACUCAUCAGCUAAUGGAGAGGCUAAUCUGGACUUUCUGACUGUUCCUCUAUCUAUUCCAGAGAUAACUGUACCUUAUCUAAAUAUUAAAACCCCUGAGAUCAGAGAUCUCUCUCUCUGGGAAAAUUCUGUAUUUGAAACCUUGCUUACCACUCCUCAACAGUCAUUUGAUAUGAACCUGCAGCUUUAUUACUACAAGAACCCUGAGACACACAGCUUUGAAUUACACCUAGAACCAUUUUACAAUGCAAUUAUUGGCAAUGCCAACUUAAUCCAGGCUCAGUUUGAACAAUGUAGAGAUAUAGUAGUUGCAGUUCUAAAAGAUUCAUACAACAGGGCAAAGUCACAGUUUAUCAAACACAAAAAAGACACUUCUAGUCAGCCUCCUAGAAUCAUUACUGUCCCUGGAUACAAAAUACCAAUAUUAAAUAUUGAUGUUUCUGCUUUCAGGGCAGAGUUGCCAGCAUUUAGCUACUUUGUUCCCAAGGAGGUCAGUACACCAAGUUUCAAAAUUCCAGCACUGGGUUUCUCUGUGCCAUCCUAUACCCUCGUGCUACCGUCUUUGGAGUUUCCUGUCAUUCACGUUCCAGAAACUUUAAGUGUAAUGAAGCUACCCACUUUCACAGUACCAGCCAUUCAGAACCUUAUUUUGAUACCAACUAUGGGUAAUAUAACUUUUGAAUUUUUCUUAAAAUCUGCUGUAAUUAGCUUAAGUGCUAAUGCUGGCCUUUUCAAUCAGUCUGACAUUAUUGCUCGGUUUGACACUUCCUCAACAUCUGUGUUUGACCUUUUGAAUGGAAAAAUUGAUGGCACUGCCAGUUUGACAGGGAAGAAAGGAAUGGAACUGGCCACCACAGUGUCCCUGAGGCAUAACAAUGUAGAGGCACACCAUGAAAGUGUUCUUAUGCUUACAAAAAUACGCAUGGAAUCUUUGGUUACCAACAAUGCAAAAAUAAGUCUACCCUUCCUCAACCUUGAAUGGUUUGAGGAAUUCAUUGGAGAUACCAUGGCCGAGCCAAAUGUUGCUUACAGGAAAAAACUGAAGUACAUCUUUACCAUUCCUCUGAUUGAGUCUGUAGGCAAAGGAAACCCUGAUAUUAACUGGGCAAUGGAAGCACCUUCCUAUCAAUCACAGGAGCCCUCUACCCGGGGGGAUUCAGACAUAACAACAAUGGACAGUUGUGUCUUUGCUGGAGCUCUCGAAAAUGAAGUCAAAUUCCACCUUGAUUCCAAUAUGUUGCGUUCAACUGUCAGGACUGUCUUUAACUCAUACAUUGACAACCAGCAGAGACAAAAACAAAGCUCAGACAAUAAAGUCUUCCAGUUUGGUAUGGAAAAAAAUUUGGCUUUUGCAGUCUCCUUGCAGCGGAUGUUUGCAACAGUUGAUUACACCAGUGAUAAUAGUGUGAAUUUUGCAUCUUUAAAGACAAAUGGAAAGCAUAUUGUGAAAGGAGAACUACUUUUUGUUCCUCUAACAACCUUCAAGAUUACAUUGAACAUUGAUGCAAGCCAGCCAAGUAGUUUGGGUCAAGCUGGACUCAUUCAGAGCAUCAACCUUGCCAUCAGCUCAGAGAAGCAGUCUUUAACUUGGACUGGCAUGGAACAGCUGGCGUCUUUCACCCAUGCCUUUGAUUCACUAACAUCCAAUAGUGAUUCUGAAUUGCGCAUGGACUUGACUGGAUCAAUGAAAGGCCACUUAGCUUUCUUGAAAUCAGUAAAGCUCCCUGUAUAUCACAAGACUCUCUGGAAUGUUCUCAAGUAUGACCAAGUCACAAAUGUAGAUGACUUACAAUUUCUUACCAUCUCUUCCAGCAUUGUUUACACAAAGUCCAUGGAUGGCCUGGAGUAUACAAUACCAUUUCAACUCUUUGAAAACGGCAUCAUUUUUAGUAUCCCUGACAUUACCAUUGCAGUGCCUUCUUGGAUAAAAAAAAAUCCACACUCCAAAAGGAAUAUAGACAUGCUAUUGGAUAACCUGGAUGUCCCUCACCUUCUCACGCUUCCGCCUCCAAUCUCAGUUCCAGCCUUUGAUCUUCCAUUUACCAACUUGCAUGUGGGACCCUGGACAAUUGAUCCCAAGAACCUUACCAUUCCUAAGGUGAUCACCACUGCAGCCUUUGACAUUAUGCUGCCUGGCUUGCCAGUCAUAUCAGUGCCUAGUUAUGACAUUGAAACAGAGUAUAUACAGGAGAAAAUGUCAUUCCUUUCAUUAAAGAUGCCACAACAUGGAAUCACAGUCUCAUCUUUCACACUACCAAAUAAUUUUAAGAUUGGAGAACACACCAUCGGCCUAAAUGAAAUCGCAAAUCAAUUUUUAAACAUAGAACUUCCAACCAUUGUUAUCCCAAGGCAAAUCAUUGAAAUCCCAGAAACUGUCUUAAAUCUGCCUACAAGUGUCUUUAUUCCAGCUUUUGGAGACCUCAGUGCCACUCUGAUAGUUUCCUCCCCUAUUUAUAAUGUGUCAACAACUGCCGAUCUGAGGAGAAAGGACUCUAGCCUUUUGACAUCGCUGAAUUCUAUCUGUACUUCUACCAUGAUCUUCUUGGAGUAUGACCUCUCUGCCAGAGCAACCCUUGGAUUUGAUAAUGAUGUCAUCAAUAUAAAUGGAGAGUGCAACUUGAUUCACAGCGAUGUAAAUGUCAAAUGGCAACAUGUUUUGGCCCAAAACUUAAGGAUGAAGCGCCAGGCUCUUAUGGCUGAUUCAAAGAGGACUCAUCAUACACUAAAUGUUGACAUCACUAGCCCAACAUUUGUUGAUGCAAAUUUACGUUUUGCCUCCCGCAAAGAUGGCAUCACUGCUUCUAUGUCUAGUCCAUCAUCUGGUUUUCUUGGAUUGCAAUUUCAGCGGAGGUCGCCAUCACAGUUAUAUGGAAAACUGUUCAGUCGCUACCAGUCUAGUCCUGAAAAGGAUAUUGAUGUUUUCAGUGGCAAAGCCACAUUGAGAAACUCUCAGAAGCUGAUCAUAGAGACAAAAUGGAAUUGGGACUUUCUCCAUGAUGUGAUUGAAGGCACUAAGGACAGGAUUCCUGCUAUGACUGAUGCUGUGCUCAAGUUCAUUAACAAGUACCACAUCGCACACUUUGGCUUUGAUCUCAACCGUGGCUGCAUGAAGCUGAAAAACACAGUUUCCAAUGUCAUAGAGAGAGCCUAUCAUGAAUUGCCCAUGUCUCUUAACACAGUGCUGAAUUCAGUCAAACACCUGAGUGGUCGAGGAAAAGACAUGUACAGGAAGGUGUCUGACAGCUUGACAUCUAUGAAUGUGCUGGAUGUUAUUGACAGGUUGGCUCACAAUGCUGAAGACAAGGUAAAUAUCGUGCUAAACGCAGUCUCACAGUUAUUGAGUGACACUCAUGUUACGCUUCCUGGAUCUGAAAAGACGAUUUCGAUCCAGGAGAUGUUAGAGCAAGCUGAUCGGACUUUAUCGAGAGCAAUUGACAGGGCUAGCCGAAGGUUGGCCAACCUACUGAACAAUAUUUCUAGAUUCAUCAGGGAAAUUAAGUUCACCAUACCUGGCACUGAUGUUGUUGUGAAUGGAAAUGAAAUCAUGGAUAAACUUACGUAUGUAUUUAAGGAGAUAAGGGGGUUUCCUUUGCUUCAAACAAUGAAUGACCUCCCAAAGUUGAUUCGUGACAAAGCAGAUAAUUUCAUUACAUACCUAAAAGAUGAAAAUAUGGAAAUUGCUUCUCAAGUUGAUGCCAUCUAUGAAGAUGUUCUGCAGUCUUCAAACCAACAUACUGAGGAGGCAAAGAGAUAUAUGGCUGAGUAUAAAGACAAUGCCAAAUUGAAGAUUCAAGAGCUUUGUAAUGUUUUAAGUGUGGAGCAGGUAAAUAACAAUACCAAAGAGUUCAUUAGUAUUUUGCAGUCACAUCUUUAUGGAGGACUUAAUGAAGCCCUAGAUCUAAUGAGAAGAACAUCCCAGAACACAGCACCAUACAUUUUAGUGGAAAAUAACAAGAUGGAAAUUGAAAUUCCUUUGCCGCUCCUUUGAAAGUCUUUCGUUGAAUGGCCGUUACAUUCCAAUCAGUGAAUGAUUCUCUUGAUGUAGUGUUUUCAUUAUAGAUGAAGAAAUGUAUGUGAGGAAAAACUUUUUUUGAUGUCAGUAAAAAUGUGUUUAACCCUUUGAUGCACAACAUGGGUCUAAAGUGACCCAGUGACAGAGGUUUUAUCUUCUAUAUCUUUGCAAUUAAUUAUUUUCAUCAUUCAGUGUUCCAGGUUUUCCUCAAUUAGUUUGUUUUUGAUCAUCAUACAUCCUAAUUUUUAUGUUUUCCUUUAUUCAUAUUUUAUUAAAGUCCCUUUUUGUGUCACUACUGUUCUAAUGCACAACAUGGGUCAAAAAUGGCACAUAUCCAUAUUUAGCUAAGUAGUUCGCUAAGCUAACUACUUAGUUAACUUCUUUGCUAAGUAGUUAGCUAAGUAGCUUGUUAAGCUAACUACUAAGCUAACUUCUUGGCUAAGUAGUUAGCUUAGCAAGCUACUUAGCCAAGUAGUUAGCCAUGUAAUAAUACAGAACCUUUUUUUUCUUCAUAAAGUAUGAGAGGAAAAAUGUAAAUAAUGAUCUGUUGUUAUCAAAAACACAAUAUUUAAAGAAUACUUGAAAUAUUAAAUCAUAAAAUAAGUUGAUAUCAAAAGAUAGAGCACAGAAACAUACAGCAAGCAUUAAAUAACAUGAAGGGAAUGAACGAGGGUCAUUUUGGACCCAUGUUGUGCAUCAAAGGGUAUAGGUGUCUUAAAUUUGAUGAUUUGGAUCAUUCUAACCUACCAAUGUUUUGUUUUUUCCAUGUAACUUACUGUUUGAUGACCAUACCAUACAAUAUGAAGUACAUUUUUUUUAGACUGUCCCUGGCCGGUGUUAGUACUUGGUAAUGCACCAAAUAGGCUGAAUAAAAGAAGAAGAAGAGCUCUGUUUGCUCUUCCACUGACCAGAUCUGUGUCCCUUUAUGCUUGUCAGGUGGCUCUAAAAAUGAGUUGUUCUCUAAGGUUUAUGCGUCUGAUAAUGCUACGUUUCUUUAGUUCAAUUUAUGACACAUUUCAGUGAUGUAUAGUUUGUGUUUAAAUAUUAUCUGCAUUUGUUCAGAGCUAAUGAGAAUUUAAAAUUUAAAAUAAUUUUGAUAAUUAAGAUGACUGUGUAUAUGAAACUGAUUUUGUCAUUUAUCUUUUCUGUAAGUCCAAUUCAUACAGACCCAACAACUUGGCAAAGUUAAAGGGAAGUGGAUCAUAACUGGAUCACGCUUAUAAAAGUUAUUUAAAGUUUGUUGAUAUCAGAUUGUGUUUGGAAGAUAUUGACCAUUGGAGGUUAAAAAGGGCUUGUCGAACCUGACAAUGUAAUAAAUUCCCGUUAAUGUAAUAACCCUGUUAAUGUAAUAAAAACCUGCACUUGAGUGCAUUGAAAAUGUAAUAAAACCUGAUAAUGUAAUAACUUCCCGAUAAUGUAAUAAAGUGCAUUUCCCAUUAAUGUAAUACACUUUUUACCAAUAAUGUAAUAAAGUAUAACAUUAAUGGGAAGUUAUUACAUUAUCAGGUUAGCCUUCAUUUCACAAGUCCUGAUAAUGUAAUAAUUCCCCAAUAUUGUAAUAAUGUAACAGCAGACCACCCAUUACUUGGGUCCAAGUGGUGAUACUGUGUAUCAACUCUAGCUCAGAGCUCUAGCGCCACCAACAGGUCAAAGUUGAAUGUUUAUUAACUUUUGACCCGUUCAUCCGUUUUUCACAAAUGAGGUAUUUUUAUUACAUUAACGGGGUUAUUACAUUAACGGGAAUUUAUUACAUUAUCAGGUUCUACAGGGCUUGGCGCAGACCAUAUAUAAACUUAAUGUCACAGUGGGCCAGUUAUAAUAAAUAUAAAUGUGGAAAGCAGUUUCAAGAGUUUAACUUCCCUUUGAGUUACAUAGUUAAUGUGUUUUUAUUUGACUAAAUCAUUUAUAGCCAUUUUACUGUAGCUAUGUAUGCAUUUUCUUUUUUAAGGGAAAUCCAAUCCAUCUGUCUCCAUUGACUUUGUAUUGAAUGAAGGACCCUCCUCGUCAAUCAAAACCAGACUUUUAGUGUUGAACAAACAAGGAAACAAUUUAUACAGUGCUGAUUAUUUUGAUAUUUGUCUAGAGGGGGAGGUUAAAUUAGGUGUCACAAUAUAACCAUGAAAUAUGAAAAUAAAAU